AUGGGUAAUGAAUGUUUGAUAAUCGGCGUGAUCAUCAUUGUUGUUAUGGUUAUUGGAGGUGCAAUCGGCUUUUUCGUAUGGUACCAACUACGAAGAUCAAGACAGUACAAUGGAGGCAUCCAGAUGAACCCUCUACAAGAGCGCCAUCCAGAUGGUCAACGUGGUCGGGUACAUGAAGAAGAUCGCCGCACACAAAAUCGUAAUCAAGGUAGCCUGGGUUUGGCUGACAUUAUUGGCAACUCACUUGGCCAUCCUAGGGAUAGAACAGAGAGUAAUGAUGGUCGAAGCCUAGCAGAUAUUGUAAUUCCACCACCCAAACGGCGUGGAAAGUUAUCUGCAGCUCAUUUAAAGAAAGCGACGAAACGAGACAUCACAGAGGAGCCGCAAGAUGGGCCAAGUACAGCUAAUGUUGCAAAUCGGUCGUCAGAUCGCGUGCGCAUAUUUACUGGACAUGAUGAUCAGUCUACAGUAGGAGUUGAGGCAAAAGGCAAAGGGAAACCAGCCCCCGAAAAGUUUCAAAGAGCAGUCGUCUCUCCUGAGAAUACUGAUACUCCUCUCAUUACGGUCGAAUCUUCUCCAAGCUGUUCCCAAGAAGAUAGCAGUCUUAAAUCAGAGUCUUGA